AUGGGGUCCCUCCUCCUCUCCUCGCUCGAGGAGAGGGCCAUAGUGAAAGUCCUCCACCUCGAGGUCGUUGGACAAGGUGGAGGUGGAGGAAGGGGACUCCAGAACUUCACCUUCCUCCUGACAUCUUCGAAAAAGGCUCUCCGCUUAACUGAACUUGGAGAGCCCGUGGGAGGACUUGGAUAUGUUCCUGUGUGA